UGCCUUUGACCUGUACAGGUAUCAUCGGCUGGUCUUAAGGAUGCUAUUGUUCCAGAUUCAGACCUGGACGUAACCUAACGUUGUCUGUGCUGUUGCCCCCUUGCGCCUCAGAGCGGAGAUGGUCCACUGGACCACACAGUGGUGGACAUGUGUCUGGCUCCAGACUUUGCUGGCCUUUGCCUCGACCACCUGUCCCCCAACGGCCUCCAAUCCUGUGAACUUCUCAGUGGUUUACACCAUGCCCUUCUUCCAGGCCCGCGGCCCCAUCCAGAACAUUGUGAACAACUCACUGUACCAGGAGGUGUAUGUGGCCUCUCAGAAUGUGAUCGAAGCCGUCAACAGGAGCUUGGAGAAGGUGUGGGAGCUCCGCACCGGACCGGUGGGGAGUCCGGAGUGUAAGAUAUGCGACUUGUGUGCCAUCGACAAGGAUCCCAACUUCUUAGAGAACACAGACAAUGAGGUCUUAUUGUUGGAUACUCUCUUUAUGUAUUUAUACUCUUGUGGAAGUUCUCAAUAUGGUGUGUGCUACUUCCAUCAACUUAACGGAAAUGGAGAACCGCCUUCUCUUUCUAAAUGUUUAUUCAGAAAGGAGUCAAACUCAGCUGCCUACUGCCCUGACUGUCUGGCCAGUCCUCUUGGUACGAAAGUCACCAUGGUGGAAGAGGGCCAGACUGUCUACUUCUUUGUUGCUGCCACUGUCAAUGACAGUGUGACCCAACGUUAUGGUAGGAAGUCCAUAUCAGUUCGCCGCCCGAUGGCAACGGAGGACGGUUUCUACAGUGAUGUGCGAGGCCUGACGGUUCUCCCUGGAUUGCGGAGGACGUACAAUAUCGAGUAUGUCUAUAGCUUUUUCACCCAGGAGUUUGUCUACUUCCUCUCUGUCCAGAGAGAGAGCCCUGAUCAGGAAUCGUCUCCAUUUCAGACUCGUCUGGGCCGGCUUCCACGGAAUGAGUGGGAGAUGAAGAGGUACCGCGAGGUGACUCUGGAGUGUCGCUUUGAGCCAAAACGUCGGAGGAGGAACGUGGUCAGUGAACCCUAUAAGGAUGUAGUGUACAACGUGGUCCAGGCCGCCCACUUUGGCAAGGCAGGCAGGGAGUUGGCAGAGGAGUUGGGGGCGGAGGAGAGAGAUGACAUCCUUUACGGGGUUUUUGCAGUUACUGAUGAUAACGGGGUCACAGAGCACGACUCGGCCCUGUGUGCCUUCCCCAUGGACAACGUGAACAAAGCGAUUGUUGAUGGGGUGGACGACUGCUGCGAGUCUGGACCAGAGCAGCUCUCCAGAGGGCUCUGCCACUUCCAGCCUUGUGAGAACUGUCCCCAUGAGAGCAUGGAGAACAACGCCACCUGCAGGGACCAGCCCACCAUGGUGUCCAAGCCCUACUACAGAGUGGACCUGUUCAACAGGCAGAUGAGAGACGUGCUGCUCACCUCCCUGCUGGUCACCACCAUCGAAAACAAGACUGUGGCUCACAUCGGGACCUCCACUGGACGCCUGCUGCAACUUGUGUUGACAAGAUCCAGCCCUAUUAUCUUUGCCAAUUACUCAUUGGUAGAGAACCAGAGGGUUUCCUCCAUUGCUGCUGUGUACUCAUCAGAGUAUCUUCUCUUCGUGGUUGGAGACAAGAUGAUUCAGGUGCCCCAGAGAGGGCCAGGCUGUCAACACUUCCUGACCUGUGCCGUGUGUCUGACAGCCCCCAAGUUCAUGGGCUGCGGCUGGUGCUCUGGAGAAUGCACCUGGGAGAGCGAGUGUCACAGUGGCUGGAGGAAUGAGUCCUGCCCCCCUGGCAUCACCGGGUUCUUCCCACGGACGGCACCCACCGAUGGCCAAACAGAGCUAACCGUGUGCGGGUGGGAGUUCCAGUCCCCCUUAAGACCAGCUAUCACGUCCCGAACGCACCAGGUCCGACUGGGGAUGACAGCCUGUGCCGUGCUGCCGCUCAAGAGCAACAACACACACUUGGUGUGUAAGAUUCGCUCUGGGGCCGUUGAGCUGUCCAAGCCAGUCAACGUGACAGUGGAAGUGCAUGAGGGCAAGGUGGAGGGACGCUACUCUAUUGAUGGGAAGGCAGAGAUGCCGGGGUUCAUGUUUGUGAUUCCCAACAUCACAGAGAUCCAGCCCAACUACGGGCCUCGAGUCGGCGGUACGCUCAUCACUGUGACGGGGCCGCACUUGGAUGCUGGAAAGACCAGGAGGGUCACUCUCAAUGACCAGCCCUGUCCUAUAAAGAGAGUCACAGCCCCUAAAGGCAAUGUGUCCUCCAUCAUCUGUCUGUCCCAGCCCAUCUCAGAGGUGAGGGACGUCCCCCUCAGCGUCUUCAUCGACAAGUCCCCUGUCCUCACCACCAAGGUGUUUUACUACAAAGAAGACCCAGAGAUCACAGCAGUUCUGCCUGACUGCAGCUUCGACAGGGGCUCAAAGAUUGUGAUCGAAGGGAGGAACCUGGAUUCUGUUUAUCGGACCAUCAUCCGCUUUAAACCCAACGAGAGUCACCUGAAGCCUGUUACCAGGGAGUGCAAAGGCAAGUCUUUGCCCACGAGGAUGGAGUGUAUCACUCCCGUGUUUCCGAGAGAUGAGACUGAGGAGGGACAGCUCUCCUUUGACAUGGACGGAGCCGUCGGACUCUGGAACGGAGAGUUCUCCUACCAUCCUUACGGGGAGCCCAUACCUUUUGAAACAGAGGGCCACGUGCUAAAUUUGUACCCUGGGUUUGAUGAAGUGUCACUGCAUCAUCAGAAGCUGAACCUCGUCAGCUCCUGUAUGACCAUCAUCAUGACUGUAGCAGGCGUCGACUGCGAUGCCAAAGUCCUGGACAAUGAGAUUACCUGCAGGAUCCCCAAAAACAUGACCAUCCCAAGUGAGGGGCUGCCAGUGAAGAUCUCGAUUAAUGGGCAGGUCCACAAUGUCGGCACAGUGGUGAGGGUCAGCAGCCACUACAUGGUGGGAAUCGUCCUGGGCAUCCUGGCGGCGCUGGUGGCUGGGGCUGUGCUCGCCUUCGUCGUCAUGAAGCACUUGCGGAAACAGAAGAAAGCCUCCAUGGUAGAGGCCCGCUUGGCCCAUAGUGCUAACCGCUCUGCCACCAACAAUGUGGAGCUGUCGCCUGUUGGGGACUACAGGAGAGUAGUAUCCCUGAAUCCCCCCACCCCACUGGCCGGGCCGGUGGUGUUUCCCAGCAUGGCCUACGCUGCAGGCAGCAUGGAUCCCACCCUCACUCCCCUGAUGCCCCCAGAGAAGAUCUCCAUAUCCAGCUUCAGGCCAGAGCUGCUGGAGGAGGUAAAGGACGUUCUCAUUCCAGCUGAGAUGCUCGUGGUCCAGCACCACCGGAUCAUCGGGAAGGGUCAUUUUGGCACAGUCUAUCAUGGCUACUUCACCGACCACAACAACAGAGAGAUCCACUGUGCUGUCAAGUCAUUAAACAGGAUAACAGAUGUCGAGGAGGUGGAGCAGUUUCUGAAGGAAGGUAUCAUAAUGAAAGGUUUCCAUCACAGCAAUGUGCUCUCCCUGCUGGGCAUCCUCCUGCCUCAGGAAGGGCUCCCCCUUGUGGUUCUUCCGUACAUGAAGCAUGGCGACCUGCGGCACUUCAUACGCUGUGAGAAGAGGAACCCCACUGUGAAGGAUCUGAUUGGCUUUGGGCUACAGGUUGCCAAGGGGAUGGAGUAUUUGGCUCAGAAGAAGUUUGUGCACAGAGACCUUGCAGCACGCAACUGCAUGCUGGAUGAGUCGUAUACAGUCAAGGUGGCAGACUUUGGCAUGGCCAGAGAUGUUUUCGAUAAGGAGUACUACAGUGUUCAGGACCACAGGAAGGCGAAGCUGCCUGUCAAGUGGAUGGCCAUUGAGAGUCUGCAGACACAGAAAUUCACAUCCAAGUCAGAUGUGUGGUCCUUUGGUGUGCUGAUGUGGGAGAUGCUGACCAGAGGAGCCAGCCCUUACCCAGAGGUGGACCCUUACGACAUAACACAUUACCUGCUGAAGGGCAGGAGGCUUCCCCAGCCACAGUACUGCCCCGACCCGUUGUAUACCAUCAUGCUCCAGUGCUGGGACCCUGACCCCGAGCUGAGGCCCAGCUUCGCUACACUCGUGUCGGCUGUCCUCACCAUCCUGUCGGGCCUGGAGGGAGAGCACUAUAUCAGUCUGAAGGUCACCUAUGUCAACCUGGACCAGCCGCGGCCCUACCCGGCCCUCACCGAGUCUGCAGACGAAUACGACUCCACAGACGCUGAAGACUCUGGCUCCGUCUCGUCCUGA